AGCAUUCGUCUCUUCUCGGUAUACUGCGUUGUGUAUGUUGUAUAUGUUGAUACCUGUCACCGCGUAUAAGGUUAGCUGUCCGACCGCGGAAGUCAGGCAUCCCCGAGCGUCGUUUCUUCGUGAGCCGCGGCGAGGAUGACGUCCUGUUUCGAGAACAUGCAGAUGCCGUCCUGCGUCUGGUUCGAGGGCGGCGAGAAGAGGAACGCGCUCGUCUCGAUGCUCGCGGGCACUCUGUUCUUCGUAGGAUGGUGGUUUAUAAUAGACGCGCAUGCGAAAUAUCCGAGUGAAAUGGCGAAUGCGUACCACGUCUGCGGAGUGUUCGGCACCAUAUCACUUUUUAUGGUCAAUUCAGUGACCAAUGCACAGAUAAGAGGAGAAGCUUACAACGGCGGUUGUUUAGGAGCAAGGGGUGCUCGGAGUUGGCUGUUUGUUGGGUUCGUUAUGGGAUUCGCGGCUGUAAUAGCGGCAUGCUGGAUCUUAUUUGCUAACUUUGUAGCAGCAGGCGCACCGCAUCAUUGGCCAGGGGUAGGAUUGUUCCUGCAGAAUGUGUUUAUCUUCCUGGGCUCGCUCACGUAUAAAUUCGGUCGAUCCGAGGAUCAGUGGGGCUAAUAGACGCUCGCUGUUGGUGAAAGAGAUUUUUAUUACCGCAUAGUCAAGUCAAGCACCAAACGAAGCUCGACUGAGGAAGCUCGCGACGUCAACAUACCCUGUUAUCGCGAGCGUGAAAUCCAAUUCGAAUCACAAAUUAUUCUUAUUAUAAACGUUUCCGUACACACACGUGACAAUUCUUAUUUAUGUCCACCGGAAUCGUGGAGACAGAUAGCAAUUAAAAGUUACAGAUAUGCAUAUGCAUGUACAUUUGUAACUUUUAUAUAUAUAUAUAUAUGUAUAUGAGAUUUACUGUAAAAAUAAGGAGGCUUAGAUUAUCAACUUUGUGUGAUAAAAAGAUAUGCUACUUAUGCUACACUAAUAAUUUUUAAUCGCACCGGUAACUCUUUUCUGCGUUCAUCAAAUUCCAUAUUUGUAUUCCUCUCUCAUCGUUGCGUUCGUACCUUAUAUUUGAUACUUUUACAAGACAGAUAAUCACAAGUGUCUGAUAUCGAAGUUAAAUAAAUGAAUCAUGUUCCGAGAAA